CUCUUCGAUCACUCCGCUCCGUGUUUUACGAAAUCCCCCCCCCGCCCCCUUCCAGCUCCGCGAGCUCCAGCCCCUCGCGCUCUCUCCGUCAGCCUCUCACUCCGUCUCAAUAUGUCUCAAGAUGGCGGCCAAUGCGGGAUCGAUGUUUCAAUAUUGGAAGCGCUUUGAUUUACAGCAGCUCCAGAGGGAGCUGGACGCCACUGCCACAGUGUUGGCCAAUCGACAGGAUGAGAGCGAGCAGUCACGAAAGAAGCUCAUCGACCAGAGCCGUGAGUUCAAGAAGAACACACCAGAGGAUCUGCGCAAGCAGGUGGCCCCUUUGCUCAAGAGUUUCCAGGCAGAGAUUGAUGCUUUGAGUAAGAGGAGUAAAGAAGCAGAAGCUGCCUUCCUCAACGUCUACAAGAGGCUCAUCGAUGUCCCAGACCCAGUUCCUGCCUUAGAAGCAGGGCAGCAGCUGCAGCAGAAGGUUCAGAGGAUGCAUGAUGUGGAGACAGAAAACCAGAAGCUGCGGGAGACGCUGGAGGAGUACAACAAGGAGUUUGCCGAGGUUAAAAACCAAGAGGUCACAAUCAAAGCGCUUAAGGAGAAGAUCCGGGAGUACGAGCAGACCCUGCGGAGCCAGGCAGAGAGCUUAGCCCAGCAGAAGGAACAGCAGCUGCACAGUGACUAUGCAGAGAAGGAGAGGAAGCUUCAGGAGACCCAGGCAUCCAUGUCCUCGAGGCUGGAGGAGGCCAACCACAAGGCCCAGUCCCUACAAUCAGCACUAGAAACCACUCAGGCAGAGCUUUUCGAUCUGAAGACCAAAUAUGAUGAGGAGACUACCGCAAAGGCUGAUGAGAUCGAGAUGGUGAUGACUGACCUGGAGAGAGCCAAUCAGAGAGCUGAGGUGGCCGAGAGGGAGGCAAGCACCCUACGAGAGCAGCUGACGUCAGCCAACAAGUCCCUGCAGUUGGCCACACAGAUCCAGAAGGCCCCCAACAUGGAGGAGGCCAUGGAAGUGCUCUCACGAUCCAGCUUGGAGGUGGAGCUAAGCGCUAAGGAGCGGGAGGUGGUCCAGCUUGUGGAGGAUGUCCAGAGACUGCAGGCCAGCCUAACCAAGCUGCGUGAGACCUCCUCCAGCCAGAUUUCCCAACUGGAGCAGCAGCUUAACACCAAGAACUCUACCCUGAGGCAACUGGAGGAGAAGCUGAAGGAGCAGGCUGACUAUGAAGAGGUCAAGAAAGAGCUGAACAUUCUGAAAUCCAUGGAAUUCGGGCCAUCUGAGGGAACUACAGCACAGGAUUCUGCAAAACCCCUGGAGGUGCUGCUCCUGGAGAAGAACCGCAACCUGCAGUCAGAGAACGCUUCCCUGCGCAUCGCCAACAGCGAUCUUAGCGGGCCAGCUGGACGGAAAGGGAAAGAGGGCCCUGUGGAGAGUCUGCAGCGCACCGCUGCCACAGCCAACACCGGCACCCCCCCUCCCCCCUCACAGCUGCUCCUACGGCCUGUGCCCGAGGCUAACGGCGCUCACCCCUUCUCCCCCACGGGUAUGGGGCAGGACUUAUACGGGCCAACAUCUGGCGCUGCCUUCCCCCCGGCGGGCAAAGUGCCACUCAGCUCCCUGCUCCAGCGACAGCUCAUGCACAGCUUCUACUCUAAGGCCCUGCAGGACUCGCCUGGUGGGGCUGUACUCUUCAGCCCUGGGCCCUACACCGCUAGCCCACUACCCCAGCACCAGCCAGCCGCUAGCCCAGACCCCAAUGGCUUGGCCCCAUCGCCAAGCCAAUCGGAGGGUGCAGGCAGUGCCUCAGAAGGCGAGGACAUGGACACAGCAGAGAUUGCACGGCAGGUCAAAGAGCAGCUCAUUAAGCACAACAUCGGCCAGCGCAUCUUUGGCCACUACGUCCUGGGCCUUUCGCAAGGCUCUGUCAGCGAGAUCCUGGCUCGGCCCAAGCCCUGGAGCAAGCUGACCAUCCGUGGCAAGGAGCCCUUCCACAAGAUGAGACAGUUCCUAUCUGACGAGCAGAACAUCCUGGCACUGCGCAGCAUCCAAGGACGCCAACGAGAGAACCCAGGCCAGAACCUGAAGCGCGUGUUUCAGGAGGGUCCGAAGCGACGAGCCGGCCAUGAAGGCGCCCCACCUCCAGGCAACAUCACCACCCGCAUCCGCACCCCAGAGAGUGGUUCUGACGAGGCCAUCAAGUCCAUCCUGGAGCAGGCUAAGAGGGAACUGCAGGUGCAGAAGACUGCAGAGCCCUCUCUGCCUCAUCACUCCUGUGGAGGUGGUGGGAGGAGUAGUGGCAGCAGCUCUGACGAGGCUAUUCGCUCCAUCCUGGAGCAGGCACGUCGUGAGAUGGAAGCCCAGCAGGCAGCGCUGCAGCCUUUGCUGAAAGGUGGCUCCUCCACCCCUCCUGUUGACUCCCAGCUCCCUUCACUCCGGCCACCAUUGGGUGCUCCACCCUCCUUGGCCGCUGUCUCUGCCUGCUCACCUCUGGCCCUGUCCCUGAAGAAGCCACCUGUCUCCUCCACACCCUCCCCCCACCCAGACUUACACCCUGCGGGGAUCAGGAAGGAGGGUGCGGAACUGGCCCCCUCCGAGGGAGUGGCUGAUGGAGGGCCUAGCUCAGUACGGGGAGGGGCCUCAUGGAGCGACCACUGGUGGAGUACCAUGAACCCUGACCGUCGUAGCGCACCUCCAACAGCAGCUGAUGAAAACCGCAGCCAUGACAGCCCCAAAGAGACGCUGGCGCUCUCCCAAGGCAGCGUGAGCGACAUGCUCUCCCGGCCCAAACCCUGGAGUAAGAUGACCCAGAAGACCCGUGAGCCCUUCUCCCGCAUGCAGCCGUGUCUGAAUGGCGAGCCAGCCCACAGCGUGCUGCCACUGCAAGGCCAACAGGGCACGCUACAAGAGGGCACUCCAAAGACCUCAGCCAGCUGCAGCCCUGCUCCAGAGUCCCCACUGAGCUCUGGCGAGGAAUCUGUGAGGAGUGUGGGGGAGCUGUCAGGCCAGGCUCAGGCCCCAGAGCCCGGCGACCCAUCCGACUCUCAGCCCAGCACGCCACUCCCUGUCCCUGGACACUCAGGCCUCAGCAUCCAGGAGAUGGUGGCUGUGUCCCCUGAGCUGGACACCUAUGUCAUCACCAAGAAGGUCAAAGAGGUGCUGACAGACAACAACCUCGGGCAGCGCCUCUUUGGGGAAACUAUCUUGGGCCUGACUCAGGGCUCCGUGUCAGACCUGCUGGCCCGACCCAAGCCCUGGCACAAACUGAGCCUCAAGGGGAGGGAGCCCUUCGUGCGUAUGCAGCUGUGGCUUAGUGACCCCCGCAACGUGGAGAAGCUCAUGGAUAUGAAGCGCAUGGAGAAGAAAGCGUACAUGAAGCGAAGGCACAGCUCAGUGAGCGAGAGCCAGCCAGUGGAUAGCGUCCCAACUGGGGGGGACUUUGGCCCAGGCAGUAGCCCCCAGCACCAGCAGCACCAACUGAAGAAGCCUCGUGUGGUCCUGGCCCCUGAGGAGAAGGAGGCCUUGAAGCGAGCUUACCAGCAGAAACCCUACCCCUCUCCAAAGACCAUUGAGGAGCUGGCCAACCAACUGAAUCUCAAGACCAGCACCGUUAUCAACUGGUUCCACAACUACAGGUCCCGUAUCCGCAGGGAGCUCUUCAUUGAGGAGAUCCAGGCCGGAGCAGCUGGUUCCACUGGAGAUUCCAGAGAGGGUUGCUCAUCCCCUACAGCCCAAACAAUCAAGGUGGGCGAGGGUGACAGCUGUGAUGGCACUGAGUCCGACAGUGCCUUGGAGAGCAGGCCUGCUGAGGCCUCAGGGCCUGAGGAGGGAAGGGGGGCCAUGUCAGAGGGCAAUGGGGGUGUCACGAAGGAACUUAGUGGUGAUGGAGGUGCAGGGACACCGGGGCGCUCGCCAGCUCCGCCAGACUCAGCCCCUACAGACUCUUGUGCCCCGGGGACUAGUAGCCGGAAGGAAGGGGGUGUGACUGGACUGUUCAGCUUUCCUGAGGCCACGCCCACCACUGCCAGGAACCCCAGGGACAGCAGCCUGCGCAAAAAGAAGGCAGCCAACCUCAACAACAUCAUUCACCGGCUGGAAAAAGCGGCAAGCCGUGAGGAGGGUGCCGAGUGGGAGUUCUGAUGGCCUUUUGGGCAGAAGGAGCUCCUCUUUGCUGCUUGCAGACAGCUAAGGCCAAGCCUCAAGGGGAAGCAGACGGUUACGCUCCUUUCCUUGCAUUACUAGGGUAAAGGCUGUGAAAGGAAACCUGCAGGAAAACUGAUAUAUUGAUUUUAUUCAGAAAAGCACUUAAAUGCCCUGCUGGCCACAGGGUUUGAACACCAUCCGCUACUGGUGCAAGGACGCCACAGACUAAACAAAGAACAUGGAGAAUUAUAUCCUGGGAAUCCUGCCGUUUGGAUGAUAAAAUCUUUCAAGAAAUUUCCCCCGCUCCUUUUUAAGCAAGAGGAUUGCGUGUCACGUCUGUGUUCAGGAAAACAUUUUCUUGGGUUUUUCACACACUGUUGAACUGUUAGUCUGUGUGCGUGUGUGUGUGUGUUUUUAAAUUACGGUUUUGGUUCUUUUUACCCCUCUGUGGUUUUAUCAUCCCACCCUGAAGAAGACAAGGGGGAGAUUUUAGGAACAAGCAUUCAAAGUCAAGCAUUCAUGCAGUGGGGUCCCCCCCCCAGAAAACAAGGGGAGGGACAUAUGGAAGAGGUCCCUUCCCUAUCACUGGGUUUCUGUUCUCCUCAGCUCGCCAUCGAAUGGCUUGGAACACCCUGGACACCGUGGAUCGCUUUAAGGAAAAAAGUUGAUUCUUUCACAAAUUGUUAGUAGCAAAAAAGAAAAAAAAAAAUUGUAUAGCAGUUUUGCCACUAAGAGAUUGCACAGUCUGUCGACUCUAAAUAAUGAGUUUUCAUCCCUUGAUAUUUGGGGGGUUAAAAGUUCAAAGAAAUAUACAAACAGUUAUUGUUUUAAAAAGUUAUCAAUUUAAUUCACAAAGUUUUUAACUUCAGUGAAGGUUCAUGUCAGGAAAAUCCAAAAAGCUGAAAAGUAUCAGUACGUGAUUUUGUCAGUUUUUCUCUGGGCGACAGUAUUCUUUGUAGUUCACGUUUGUCUCACAUCUUUUGCUGAGUUCUGCGUGUGUUGUCGAGCCACAGUGAGCAUUUGUUCACACUCUGUUUCAGGCCAACACCAGGAGAACAGGAAAACAGAUUGAAAAAUUCACUUGGAGAAAUAUUAGUGUCCACUUGUUUUUAGAUGUUUUAAAAGAGCUUUUUAAAACCGUGGCCUCAAAGCCACUCCGGAGACCUCGUUCCUGGGUCAGCUCUGUGACUUGGGCUUCCAGCACUACACAGGUGUGUCCACGGAGCAUCAAAGGACCACUUGUUUGGGGUUCUGCUCAGUGCUCGGAGAGACACAUCACACUUUCUCCUACACUGCUUCACCAUCGGUUCCCUGGCUUGCCAGACACAUACAUGUGUGUGCAUAUAAAACGUCUGUGUUUGUGUGUGUGUUCGUUCAUAGGCGCAGAGCAUUCAUACAUGAAGUUCAAAUUCAGCUCUGAUUUACAGGUUUUUUUUUCUGUGUCCAAUAAGCACAAGAGAUGUUGACGUCUCACCUCGAUUUUUCCCCUUGUUGGUCAGUCAGAUGGAAAGCCCCUGUUCCCAGUUCUGCUCCCCACCAGGUGCUCAGACUUCUGUCCGCUGGUAGUCCAUUCACUGGUCAGUAGACAUGUGAGCAGGGGGCGUGAACUGUACACAUUAAGCUUUUGUGGCAUGCCAAAGUAUGAUUGACAGUUCUACCUGCCCAUACGGUCUAAGUGCAGGUUGCAAAAAAUAUGGAGGCAUCUUGCACACACCCAGUGCUAACAUGUCACUGCUGAACAAAGUACUUCAGACACACCGAAUGGCUGUGACACAGACCUGGUGGGCUUUUAUAGAAGAUGCUAAAAAGUUGACGUCAUGCACUCUUGUGUUUAGGCAGACCUCUUUACUAUAUGUGAUUUUGAGUGUUAGAGCAAAAUCUUGUUCACAUCCACAAAAAAAAACCA